AGCGAAACAAACCGAACAAAACCGAAAGAACUCUCAGCGGAAAAUGUUGCACUACGCGUAGGCGGCGGCGGCGGCGGGUGCCACAGGAGCAACAGUGGAUAAUCGGACGGGGACUCCCCAGAGAACUCAUCCAUGGAUAUGCACAAAGCCCAGUGAGAGAAAAAACCCAAACCCAAGUGAAAGUGUUUGCCUAAGCCACACCGCCAUGAGCUCCACUGAGGGGGGAAAAGGAGUAGGAACAGCAGCGGGCGGUGCUACGGGUGGGGGCCACAUCUUUCGCUCGCUGUCGUCGGAGAGCCAAAAACGGGAAUGGUCCAAGCGACUAUCACUCAGGGGAAUGCGUCAUGGAGCGGGAGGAGCAGCAGCUGGACCAGCGACAGGCCUGUCCACAGGAAAGGAGGAAAGCAAACACAGAAAAUUCUUUAGCCGCUCGGCCUCGCUGAAGCAGUCGGGCAGCGGCAUCAGCCAGCAGACCUCCAUGGAGCUGCAUGUGCCCGGGCAGGGUGGGGCGUCGUCUCCGCAGACCCAGAGCCAGACCCAGACCCAGACCCAGCCCUCGACGCCCAAGAAGUCCAAUUGGGAGGUGAUCGAACAUUUCAAUACGAGUGCCAAGGGAGGCAAGGCCAUGGUUAGCAGCAGUUUGAUUGCGGCGGGCAUUACGCGUUGCAACAUUGACGAGUCCAUUGACUCGACGAACUCGAGCUCCACCUGCCACAGUCCCAUGAUCUAUCAACGUGACGAGACGCAGCUGCUGCAGCAAGGCGAUGCCAACAAUCUGGAGGCCAACAAUCCCAGUCAGAGCGGUGCCGGCGCUGCUGGAGGAGGCACGGGUGGUGCUCUCAGUCCCAGCAUUUCCUUCUGGUUCCGCCUGAAUCGCAUCAUUCUGCGCCUCUGCUCGACGCAUCAGUUCAAGAAUCUUCAGGUGGAAAUGCUGUAUCAGCGUUACUUUUUGCGAAUGAACCAAAGCAACACGACCCACGUGCUGGCCCUGCUGCUGGUCCUCAUCCUGGCCCUGUCCGGCACUCACAUCGUGUUCACCACACUGCAGCUGUGCCGCGGCGUCGGCGGCGGCGAGGGGAGUGCCCUCAAACUGGAAAGUCUCAGCCUGGACCCAACUGCCAAUGGCAGUGGCAGUGCCACUGAUGGAGGUGGCAACUUAACGACAACCACAAUGGAGCCACCAGCAUCGGCAGUCGGGCAACAAAUUGCCAAUGGCAGGCGCCUCCUUCCUGCGGCUCUCAAUUUGAAUUUGAAUUUGAAUCUGGUGACAGGUGUGACAGGAAGGCCAAGCCCCGAUUCUGCUGACCGCGACCUUGAUGAUGAUGAUGAUGAGGAGGAGGAGCGUAGGCAGCAGCGUAGGCAGAAGCGCAAACAUCAUCGACGCCUCCACAAGCAUCGCUACAAGCAGAGAUUCAGAGUGCGAGGCAGAAGGAGCCUGCAGGAGCUGAUUGUGGAGCCCGAUCCAGGCUCGUCCGAUGGCCCAACUGUUGCCCUGACUGAGGUUGAUGAGGCAGAUGAUGUUGUGGCUGGCAGUAAGCGCAUUACGUAUACGCCGCGUGUGCGCGACAACAAUGAAAUUUGGCAUGCGGAACGGGAUGAAGGGUUGAACAGAACGUCAGUGGAAGUGCCAGCAGCAGCAGCAGCAGGACCUUCGCAGGAUCAUUUGGGGCACAUACUCGGCGCACUUGUCAUGCGGAUUGACGAGUCCGUGCUGGUCUUCCUCAUCGUAAUGCUAAUCUGUGGCAUUGUCUACGGCUUUCUGCUGUGCAUCCUGGCCAAGCCGGCCAUGAACGAGAUCUUUCUGGUGCUGGUUUCGUAUGUGAUAUUGGGCACAUUCCUGGCCAUCGAGGUGGCCGUCAGCUACGCCAUGCAGCCCAGCAAGUCCUUCAAUGGCAGCGCCUGCAGCAUCGUCCUCAUCUACAUGACCUACACCAUGCUGCCGCUCCGCCUGCGGGAGGCUCUGAUCGGAGGAGUUCUGCUGAGUGUCGUCCAUCUGUACACCUGCCUGAGGCUCACGACGCUCGCAGCAGAGUCUCGGCUGACUCCCCUCAAAUGGGAGGAGCUUCUCUCCACGGUGGUGGCUCUGCUGCUGGCCAACCUCACCGGCGUCUACACCCACUGGCCGAAGGAGAAGGCACAGCGCAAGGCAUUCAUUGAGACGCGGCAGUGCAUCGAGGCGAGGCUGCGGACACAGCGCGAGAAUCAGCAGCAGGAACGCUUGCUGCUGUCGGUGCUGCCACGACAUGUGGCCAUGGAGAUGAAGGACGAUAUUGCUGGCCAGCCACGUGACACACAGUUCCAUAAGAUAUACAUACAGCGACAUGAGAAUGUCAGCAUUCUCUUUGCGGACAUUUGCGGUUUCACCAGCCUCUCGGAUCAGUGCACCGCAGAGGAACUGGUGCGUCUGCUGAACGAGCUCUUUGCCCGCUUUGAUCGAUUGGCUGCGGAGCAUCAUUGUCUCCGCAUUAAGCUGCUGGGCGAUUGUUAUUAUUGUGUCUCCGGUCUGCCGGAGCCAAGGCCGGACCACGCCCAUUGUGCUGUGGAAAUGGGACUCGAUAUGAUUGACGCCAUUGCGCUCGUUCGCGAGGUGAUGGCCGUCAAUGUGAACAUGCGAGUGGGCAUCCACACGGGCCGCGUGCACUGCGGCGUCCUCGGCCUGGUCAAGUGGCAGUUCGAUGUGUGGUCCAACGACGUGACCCUCGCCAAUCACAUGGAGAGCGGCGGCAUUCCCGGACGCGUUCACAUCACCAAGGAGACGCUGAAAUGCCUGGACGGCGACUACGAGGUGGAGGCCGGCAAGGGCGCCGAACGCAAUUCCUAUCUCAAGGAUCAUCAAAUAGAAACUUACUUGAUAGUGCCAGGAGAUAUCUACAGGCCACACAAAAAGUCUCGGAAUCGCUUGCAAGUGAAUGGAAACAUAUCCAAGGAGCUGCGCAUGAUGGGCCACGGCACUGCCCAGAAGCAUUCCUCCAAAUUUGGGUUUGGCGACAGCUCGGAGAGCACCAAGGAUCCCGAGGAUGAGGUGAAUGAGUAUCUGAUGCGUGCCAUCGAUGCCCGCAGCAUCGAUCACCUGAGGGCCGAGCACUGCCAGUCCCUGCUGCUGUGCUUCAAGAAGAGUGUGCUGGAGAGGAAGUAUGCCAGCGAGCCGGAUCGCAUGUUGUGUGUGUACUUCUACUGCAGUCUGCUGGUCCUUCUCGGCACCAGCUUAAUGCGACUCGUGGUGUUCCAGAGCUCCCUGCUGACUUUGGCCCUGUCCCUGGUGGCGCUGUUGCUGCUGAUAUUUCUGGUAUUUCUGGUGGCAUGUCACAAAAUCAACUUUCAGCUGCCAUCGGACAUCAAACGCUUCUCAUUGCGCAUUCACAGCAAUCGCAGGAUAUCGCAGUUUUUCGCCUUUGCCAGCGUCGCCCUGAUUGUCCUCACCACCCUCCUGGCCAUGUUGCAGGAGUCUGGGCGGCAGCUGGAGCUGCUCGAGAGCCACCGCUUCUGGAUGGAGGUGAAUGUCACCGAAUACAAUCUGGAGGAGAUGCUGACCCAGGAGGAGCCACCCGACUGCGACUUCUAUCUGGCAUACAAUACCUUCCUGCUGCUCACCCUGCUCUCGAUGAUGAGCUGUGCCACGUACCAAGUGCUGCGGAUUCUGCUCAAGCUGAUGCUCCUGCUCCUGGCCUCCGGCAGCUACAUGGCCUGCUCCUCCUAUUUAUAUGCGCGCAGCAAGGAAAUCAGUCAUGAAUUGGCGAGUGAGGAGGCCCUGCUGCGCUACAUAAUUGAUUCCAUCUUCCUCUUUGCAUUCAUGCUGGCCCUCAUCUUCCACAGCCACCAGACGGAGGCCACCUAUCGCUUGGAUUUCAUUUGGAAGCUGCAGGCAACGGAGGAAAAGGAGGAUAUGGAACAUUUGCAGGCUUAUAACCGUAAACUGCUUGAAAACAUUCUGCCCGUUCACGUGGCCGAGCAUUUCCUGAGCCGCGAAAAGCACCUCGAUGAUUUGUAUCACGAGCAAUGCGAUUCUGUGUGCAUCCUGUUUGCCAGCAUUCCGAAUUUCUCCGAAUUCUAUGUGGAGCUGGAGGGCAAUAACGAGGGCGUCGAGUGCUUGCGUCUGCUCAACGAGAUUAUAGCAGAUUUCGAUGAGCUGCUGAGCGAAGAGCGUUUCCGCUGCAUUGAGAAAAUCAAGAGCACGGGCGCCACCUACAUGGCUGCAUCCGGACUAACGGUGAACACCUGCGACCAGGUGAACUUCAACCACGUCACUGCCAUGGCCGACUAUGCCCUGCAGCUGUUCGACAAAAUCGAGGAGGUCAACAUGCACUCCUUCAACAACUUUCGGAUGCGCAUAGGCAUCAACAUUGGUCCUGUCGUGGCGGGCGUCAUCGGAGCCUGCAAGCCGCAGUACGACAUCUGGGGGAAUGCCGUCAAUGUUGCCUCUCGCAUGGACUCCACCGGCCUCGUGGAUCACAUCCAGGUAACUCAGGAGACGCAGCAGAUCCUGGAGGGACGCGGCUUUGAGCUCACGUGCCGCGGCAGCGUCAAUGUCAAGGGCAAGGGCUCGAUGAUCACCUACUUCCUGAAGGGCAAGAAGCCCGUCGAAAUUCCCGCUGCCAUCAAGGAGGAGGCGCCCACCAAGGCGGAGAUAGAGCCACCCAAAACACUCGAGCUGACACUCGUGAAGGAGGGAGAAGCAGGAGCAGGCAGCAGCCCGACGAAGGCUGAGCUGCAGGAGGAACAGGAGCAGCUGGAUGAGGAUGAGGAUGAGGAUGAGGACGAUCUGCUGCCGUCGCCAGACAUCGAUCUCAACUCGAACAUGCAGAGCCUGACGGCGCAGCGGAGGAAGUCCCUCUGCCGGCAGCACAACAUCUCGUCCUCGUUCGGCACGACGGUGAGCAGCUCCACGGGCAUCACGCCCAGCAUCUCGAACAGCUCCAGUGUGACGACCAUCGGCGCCCUGCCCACCCUCCUGCGCAGCGCCAAUCCAACUCUCGCGGACAACUGCUCCGAGUGCGGGGCCACCAGCAAGUCGGCGGCCACGCCCACAGCGACACCUCGGACCCUGGUGGCGGAGCUGAGGGAUGAGAUAGCGCGGGACGAGAAGAGCGGCCUGAAGGACUCCAUUGAGAACCUGGAGAUCCUGCUGAAGAACAACAUCAGUCUGUCGGACCUGAGCAACAAGCAGCAGCAGAAUCUCAGGGGAGAGAUUCCCCCACUGGCGUCAGGCGGCACUGCCUCGGCCACCACCACGCUGCGGAAGAGGGACACCAUCGUGUGCUUCAAUGUGACGGAGACGCUGACCACAACGGCCACCUCCUCGCAGUCCCAGUCCCAAUCCCAAUCCCAGUCGCUGUCGCAGCAGAGGAAACGCAGAUCGGUGACCACAAUUUCGGCGACUUGCAGCAGCAGCAGCACCACCACCACCACGCGGCUGCUCUCCAACGAGAGCCAGAGCUCCACGCAGACAGCGCCGGGAACCCUGGAGAGCAGCGCGGCAACCCAAUCCUCGAGCGAGGCCUCGCAGGACUGGCAGCCCAAGACGGCGACGCUCGAACCGAAUCGGAGUCCCAUCAAGACCUCCCAGUCGAUGAGUCCGAUUGGGCAGCUCACGACGGAGGUGUUUGUGCUGCCCAACAGCCGGAGCAUGAUACUCAUCAGCAGCACGGGAGCGGGCGGAGCAGGCGGAGCGGCCACCAGCAGCCCUCGUGCCGGGUUCCUGCAGGAUGUCAGCACGUAGGGCAUGCCCGUGGCUGCUAGAACCAUGUAAAUAUGUACAAAGGAGCAGGCCCUAAGCUGGCAGCUAGACAGCUACAGCUAAAGAUACUCGUAGCAAUAGGCUGAGUUUGGGUUUCGUGUGCCACUCGCCACACACCCUUAAGCCCCGUCUAUACGUAUGAUCUCGCAUUUAAUGUAGCUUUACGUGUUGUUCCUCAGUUGGCGUUUCAUUCAGGCUUGCCAGUGGCAGAGUUUCAAGAGUUUUAGAGUACGUACAACCCGCCACGUUUCCAUAUCAAAAGCACGCA